UCGCGCGGCGGAGGAUGCGCACAACACGAGCAACAGCCAAUAGAGCUCAUAUAAAGCAGAACACGGUGAAUUCCGACUCAUCUGCUCGUUUAGAGUCAUGAAUGUGAUCUAGGAAACGCUUCGCUCAUUCAGUCGUUUUGGGGUCCUUUAUUCUGGACCGGUUCGUCGUCACGGUUCGGCGGAGACGCUUCACAUCACAGAUACGCAAUACUGUUGCGUAUCUAAUCAGUAUGUGGAUGCAGAAACUGGGAGUCCUGAUCAAGAGCAGCGUGUUCUCAUUCAACGGGAUCUAGACCAGAAAACUGGACUUCAGGACUGCAGGAUUAUCUGAGCAUCACUAACAGUGUUUGGACUCCUCGCUGCAUAUCUCAGAUCAUCUAUUUUGGAUUAUUCUUCUGAGGAGGAGUUUCUUUGGAGAGCAUGAUUACUUCCAGAGCUGGAAUACUAGAGACUAAUCUAGUUUUUGUGGGCAAAUUCAAUUACAGCGGCGAAUCCCUCAUGUGAACUGAGCAGCGUCUAAUUUGUUUUGCUGUAGGACGUGCAUUGACUUCUGCAGUUUGAGGGAUCUUUCUUCGGCAAAAUCAAGAGUUCUGAAUGUUCACAAUGUGUUUUCAUUAAGAACUUUCUCUUGGAACUUUAUUCCCUCCAUAUAUUGGGACGAAAGCCAUUCUGUUUGCUGUUGGUGUGGAGUUGAAUCAAAUGGCUCGACCCGGCUCUGGAGUGCUGGUGUCGCUGGGAGGCGGAUACUCGUCUCAGAGCAUGGCUAGGGUGGUGGUUUGGGAAUGGCUGAACGAACACGGCCGCUGGAGGUCGUACAGCGCCGCCGUUUGUCAUCACAUCGAAAACGUCCUGAAGGGAGACGCACGAGGGACCGUCAUAUUGGGGCAGGUGGAUCCACAGCUCGCACCCUACGUCAUAGACCUGCAGUCCAUGCAUCAGUUCAGACAAGACACAGGCACAAUGCGUCCCGUGCAGCGCAACUUCUAUGACCCGUCCUCGGCUCCAGGCAAGGGCAUCGUGUGGGAAUGGGAAAACGACUGUGGCUCCUGGACGCUGUAUGACAUGGAGCUGUGCGUCAGCAUCCAGAACGCCUACGAGAAGCAGCACCCCUGGCUGGACCUGAGCUCGCUGGGCUUCAGCUACCUGGUGGACUUCGACGGGAUGUCCCAAACCAACCGGCAGAGCCAGAGGAAGCGGCGUAUCCGCCGACGGAUGGACCUGGCCUACCCGCUCAUCGCCGGAUCCAUCCCCAAAUCCCAGUCCUGGCCCGUGGGCACCAACUCGGGCACGCCGUGCACCUGUCAGCAGUGCAUGCUGGUCCACAGCACGCGGGCCGCGUCCAACGCCAUCCUGGCGCUGCAGCAGAGGAGGAAGCUGUACGGGACGGAGGGCGGAGCCACCGCCGUCGUCAGGCAGAGCAACACCUUCGCUGGCACCUCCCUCUGGUCGCCCACGACGACCGUUGCCAAGGGACACCAUAACAACAUAUCGCUGGGUGGCGGAGGCGGCGGGAAGGUGGACAUGAAUGGGAUGAAAUUCCCAUGCGCCCCUGCGAUCGUGACGCUUCCGUCCAAUCACACGCUUACUAUUAACGGACAGAACAAUCUGAACCGGCCGGGAACGCAGCGGAUCGCGGUGACGGCCAGCCGAGGAUCCGUCCCUCCUGGGUAA